UUUAGUGUUCCUAGUCGUGCUUAAGUUUUAAAGAAAAGUCUUUUCCCCCCUUUUCUGUUCUUUCUUUUCUUUCUUUCUUUUCUUUCUUUUUUUUUUUUUUUAAAGAACCAAGCGGUUUGAGUGAGUGGCACCUACUCGAGGGCACCUAAGCUGUUUCGGGGCGCUCCUGCAGGAGACUGCGCCAGCUCCAGCACCCAGUGCGUCGCCGCCCAGCCGCGCUGGGCAAGGGCGGUUUCCCGGAAGGUCAAGCGCGCUGGAGCCCGGGGGCGCUGCGCUUGGCUGGUGGACGCUGGACUCUCUGGAUCACACUGGUUCCCAGARAUAAUUCCAGAAGACUUCCAUAUUUUAAAGACAGCUGAUUGGCAACCUGAAUUUAAUCUGCAGCCUUAAGUCUCCUUUGCAAUAAAAUCAUGGAAGCUGAUAAAGACAACAAUAAACAAGUUCUUAAGGAACAUCAGACAAAUGAAGAAUUGAUGAAAGACGACCAAAAUGAGGGAUUAAUUGAUGAAAUUACAAAGAAAAAUAUCCAUUUAAAGGAGGAGAUUCAAAAGCUUGAAGCCGAGUUACAAGAGGCUGCCGGAGUCUUCCAGAUUAAAGAGGAUAUUCCAGAGACAAAGAUAAAAUUCACAUCACUAGAGACUCCUGAGGAUGUUAGCCAGUUUUCAAACAUUUCCUAUUCAUUUGAAGUGAAAUCACAAGUGCCUUAUGAGCUACAAAAAGGACAAGCACUUAUCACCUUUGAAAAAGAAGAAGUUGCACAAAAUGUGUUACAAAUGGAGAAGCAUCGUGUGCAGCUGGAGGACGUGAUUCUGGAGGUUACAGCCAAUCCAGUUCCACUCAACCCAGGAGUCAGAUUCCAGGUUCAUGUAGAAGUUUCUAAAAUGAAGAUCAAUGUUACUGAAAUUCCUGAUGAGUUGCCUGAAGAUCAGAUGAGAGACAAACUAGAGCUGAGCUUUUGCAAGUCCCGACUUGGAGGUGGAGAGGUGGAAAGUGUGGACUAUGACAAGCGAUCCGGAAGUGCCGUCAUCACAUUUGUGGAAGCUGGAGUUGUUGACAAGAUAUUGAAAAAGAAAGAAUAUCCUCUUUACAUAAAUCAAAGCUGCCAUAGAGUUGUUGUUUCUCCAUACAUAGAAAGACAUGUGAAAAAGUAUCAGGUAUUUUCAGGAAUAUCUAAGAGGACGGUGCUUCUGAAGGGAAUAGAGAACAUUCAGAUGGAAGAAGAAAUUGUGGAGGAUUUAAUUAACAUUCACUUUCAGCGGGAGAAGAAUGGAGGUGGAGAAGUAGAUGUGGUCAAGUGUUCUCUAGAUCAAUCUUACGUCGCAUAUUUCGAAGAAUAAACUGAUGGAAUCAUAUGAACAUUAUAGCUUUUAAUACAAAUCACUGUAAACAUUUGGCAAAAAUGAAUAUCCUUUCCUUUAAAAAUCGAAAAUUUUAAUUCUUUAGUGUCCAUUUCUUUUUAAAUAAAAAAAUAUAUUUCCAAGUUUUUGAAUUCAUCUUUGUUUUGAACUUGGCUGUAUGUUUAUAAAUAUGUAAGUACACUGUGUUAAAAACAGUUUUGUUCAUAAGUUAUGUGGAUGAGUUCCAUGUCUGUUGAAAUCGACCUUCAGUGAUCCAGAUGUCCCCCUGCCCAUGUUGGCUCAUUCUGCCGCAGUCAUGUUGGCCAAUUCCAUUUUGGCCCUGUGCCCACCAACAUGUAGACUCGAUACUUAGUAUUAUCCAGAGGAAAUGCAGUAACAUUGAGCAGUUUGGGAUUUCUGUAGACUUUACCAAAAAUUCAAGGAACUUCAAGAGUGAAGGAAUAGGGGCUGGGGUUGUAGC